AUGAACUCCUUUGUGCAGUCAUGCAGGGCCAGUCCACAGCACCUGGGUGCCUUUGACAAGGCCAACAGGGAUGUCAUUCUUGAGGAAUUCAUGUUGAAGGGUGUUAAAGGAAAGUUAUUGGGGUGGAUUUGGGAUUAUUUGUGUGACAGGAAGGCAAAGGUGUGGCUCCAGGGGGCAGUCUCUGCUGAAGGGAAUUUUGACUUGGGUACACUGCAGGGGGUUGUACUCAGCCCCAUGCUUUUCAAUAUACUUAUGGAUAAAAUUGCCAGAUAUCCUUUUCCCCAGGGCACAGAGGUAAUUGUCUAUGCUGACGACAUCUUGCUACAGUGUAAUGCUCCUCGGACCCUUACCUCGGCCUUAAGCCAUCUUGAGUCCCUGUGUACUGACAUGGGCCUUGUCAUCAAUGAAACUAAAACUAAAUUUCAAGCAACUCCCAGAGUUUGCAGACCACCAAGCAUAAAUUCCAUAAAAUUCAGUCGUGUGCAGUGCUAUAAAUACUUGGGAGCUCAACUCGGGUUUACUAAGGAUUCUCACUGUAUUACCUAUGUUCGCAAUCAAUGUUUGUUACGGCUUGCUCCCCUACGAGUGCUAGCUCACAGGGGCUAUGGUGUGGGUAUCCCAGUGCUUAGGAUGUUCUACAUUUCUGUUAUCAGGGCUUUAAUAGACUAUGCUGCUCCAGUCUUGUUUUGGUAUAGUCCAACACAGCUGAAACCCCUUGAGUACAUUCAGAAUGAGAGCAUGAGAGUAAUCUUAGGCUGCCCCAAGACUGCAAAGCUUGAAGUUCUCCGAGCAGAAUUGGACCUCCCCACCAUUGUUUGUCGAAUACAGGAAAUCACCUGCCGUGCACUGUGUCAGAUGGCAUGUAAUGGUGCCAGCCAACCCUUGCGUUCCCUUGCCCACCUUCAUGCUAACCCCAGGGCCCCUGCUAACUCUUACUUGAGACAGCUUUUAACAUCACUAACCAAACUUGAUGUCCUUGACUCCUACCUCAAUGUUGUUACCACCUCUGGUUCCCCCUCUUGGAGACCUCACAAAGUCAGUGUAGAUAUAGAAAAACUUGCUGCUCCUAAAUAUAACUGGUUCCCACAUGAACUUAAAGAUCUUUUUAUGCAUAAAUUGUCUAACUACUCAAGGAUGCAGGCUGUACAUGUUUACUGUGAUGGUUCAGUGGAUGGCAGCAAAUCUGGAUGUGGCCUGUUCAUCCGCAACUAUACCUCUCCCUCUGAAUACACUGACACUGAGGUGUCCAAGAGGCUUCCUGACAACCUGUCCUCUACAAGGGCAGAACUAUAUGCUAUGCUAGAAGGUUUACAAAUUGUCCUUCCUUUGGGGAAAGAUGUUUACUUUUUUGUUGAUAGUCAGGGUGCCUUAUAUUCAUUGUUGUCUCCUUCCCCUGCUGAUUGCAAUCUCAUCAACAAGUGUCUUGGUGUCAUUGAUCUCUUGGAGAGAGAUAAUCUCAGAGUAUGUUUCACCUGGGUGCCUUCUCAUGGUGGCAUUUCCCAUAAUGAAAAAGCUGAUGUUCUUGCCCAUCACUCCCUUACUGAGGACAUUGCUGACUGUCCUGUUGAGCACACUUAUAAUAAAUAA